GCGGGGCUGGGACGGGACAGCGCGGCGGCGGGCAGCAGCAGCGGCACUCACCUCUGGGGCCGGCCCCGGGCACUCCCCGUCCUCGGUGUGCCCGCGGCCGCAGCGGUUCCUCCCCGCUCGCUGGAGUCUGCGAUGCUGAGGCCGCGCUGCUAGCAGGGCCGCGAGGGAGGCAGGUGUGGGGAUAACGGCCCCGGAGCCGUUUCGCUGUGACAUGUUCGGUAACAGCCGCGUGGCGGCCGCUGUGGCGGCUCCAGCCGCUGGGUUCGCCUCAGUGUACUGGAAUCCCAGAGUUCUCUACAGCAAGAGAAAACUUCCAGCAAAGUCUUCUCAGCAACAGUUACUGCUUCAGACUGAGGAGUCAGUCAAAUUUGUGGGCAGGAUGUCAGAGCUGAGCGACGAGGCCAGCGAGUCGGAGCUGCUGAGCCGCAGCCUCUCCAUGUGGCACGGCGUGGGGCCCGUGCUGUGCCGGGAGGAGCUGGACGUGCCUCUGGACCUGCACACGGCCUCCUCUGUCGGGCAGUACCAAGUGGUGCAGGAGUGCAUCCAGCGUGGAGACCUGGAUUUGAACCAGAGGAACUGUGGGGGCUGGACCCCACUCAUGUACGCUUCCUACAUUGGCCACGACAACAUCGUGCACUUGCUGCUGGAAGCAGGAGUGAACGUGAACAUCCCCACCCCAGAAGGCCAGACUCCCCUCAUGCUGGCCUCCAGCUGUGGCAAUGAGAGUGUUGCUUACUUCCUUCUGCAGCAAGGGGCAGAGCUGGAGAUGAAGGACAUCCAUGGCUGGACUGCUUUGUUCCACUGCACCAGCGCCGGGCACCAGCAGAUGGUCAAGUUCUUACUGGAGAAUGGUGCAAAUGCCAACUGCAAGGAGCCAGUGUAUGGAUACACACCUCUGAUGGAAGCAGCUGCUUCUGGCCAUGAGAUAAUUGUUCAGUACCUUCUCAAUCAUGGAGUGAAGGCAGAUGUCAGAGAUAACACUGGAGCCACAGCACGGACCCUGGCCAUGAAGUACGGCCACACCAAGAUUGUGGGGCUGAUAGAUUUGCAUGCAGCCCCCGUGCCCAAGGUCUUCUGCAGAGGUCCAGGAAACUAUGAGGAGCUGAGUUCUUCAGAUGAAUCAUAUUCUGCUCCCCAGAGACAGAGACCUGCUCGUAGGACCAAGGGUCCUAGCAUCCAUGAGGGGCCCCAGGCCUUGGCCAAGAUCACAGCAAUUGGCCUUGGUGGAAGGAAGCAGUCUUGCUAUGAGCAGGUGCCCCCUCAGGGCUAUGUCACCUUCAGCAGUGAUGGCAGCUGUGUGCCAGGUGUCAUCCGGCACAGGGACGUCACCUCCCCAAUCAAUGAGCUGGAUGUGGACAGCAGCAGCAGCAGGGAGGAUAGUGCUUUGUCCAGCAACAGCUUGGGAACCAUCAGGAGCAGCAGCAGCAGCAGCAGUGAAUGCCUAAUUAGAAUCCCAGGAGUCAGCAGUGAAGGCUCCUUGGAAAGCAAUGAGGACUCUGACCACACCAACAGCCCCCCAAGUCGGAAACAAGCCAAGAGCUUUAAGGGCAAGACCCGCUACAGCAACAGUGACAGCCAGUGGAGCCACUGCCUGGGGAAGGCUGGGGGCUGCUGCCAGCACCUGGUCCUUCCUGAGCCCCCGGCCUACACAGGGCCCCAGGACCUGGCAACGUUCCUUGAGGAGAUUGGGUGCCUGAAGUACCUGCAGGUGUUUGAGGAGCAAGACGUGGACCUCCGGAUCUUCCUGACCCUGACAGAGAGUGACCUGAAGGAAAUAGGCAUCACGCUGUUUGGCCCCAAGAGGAAGAUGACCUCGGCCAUCGCGCGCUGGCACAGCAGCGCCCGCCCGCCCAGCGACGCGCUGGAGUUGGCCUACGCCGAUCGGCUGGAGGCGGAGAUGCAGGAAUUGGCCAUCCAGCUGCACAAGAGGUGUGAAGAGGUGCAGGUGAUGAAGGGCCAGGUGUGCCAGGAGCAGAAGCUGCGUGCAGUGGCUGAGAGCUGUUUGAUGGAGCGGGAUGAGACCUGGAAUGCCAUCCAGUGCCAGCUCAGAGAGGCUCAGGCCAUCACCACAGAUGCUGGAGUCCUGUUGGAUCAGAUCAAGAGCUGCCAGGCAGAGCUGUCGUCCCGGCUGGCCCCGGAGCGGGCGGGAGAUGGAGCGCUGGACACGCAGGAGCAGCGCGGCACCGGGGAGAGCGAGCGGCCCGGGGAGCGCCCAGUGCUGGAAGGGUGGCCACCUUCCCUGAAGUCCCUGAGCUUGCCUGAGCUGUCAAAUGUGCUGGAGGAGUGUGUGGGAGAGAUGGGAAAAGCUCUGCAGACUGUGACUCAAAACCUCCAAAGGCUCCAAGCCCUGGGGCAGAGCGGGCAGAGCUGGCCAAAGCCAUAACCGAGCCAGGAGGGAAUACUGACGUCGGGUGACUGUUCCACCCGGAAGCUGAGUGUGCCUGGGAGAGGGACCACAGGGUCGUGCUGGCAGCACCACAGCUCUGCCAAGGGCCACCACAGCUGGCAGGGCACCGAGGAGGCCAUGCCACCAGAGAACACAGCUGGGAGGACGAGGGACAGCAGAGGACAACAACCAGCUGCUCUUGGGGCCUGACUUAAGGCUCCCAGGAUCUUUGUUUGAAAGGUUUAGGUUUGGAGGAGAAGCUCCAAGCCUAGAAGUUUUGUCUGCCUUAAGCUUCCUGCAGCCCUUGUUGUUCAGGUCUGGGUGGUGGUAGAAAGGUGACAGUUGCACACAGCAAUCAAUUCAUUAUUCUUUUCUGUAUCCCAAGCUCCCCAGGGCCUCUGAAAUGUGUCCCUGGCUCCUCCUGUGCCAUGGGGAUUGGCCCAGAGAAUGGAUCUGAGGCCAUAAAAAAGGCAGGUUGUUGUGGAGGGGUGAAGGGAGUGGAGUUGGUGAUGUUUGGCUCUUUGAGCUGCAGUGGAACUCAAACUGCAGCCCUGUUCCUAGUUGGAAUGUCUGCUCUACUGCCACCCCAGAUCUGGGCUUCAAAGCCUGUUCCUCCAGCCAGCCCACUCUGGUUCACUUUGGGUUCUUGCUGUCCUCAGGGGCUGGGUGUGAUCACGUUGGUGGUUUAGGAAUGGCAUUCACUGAAACACUCCCAACUCACCCACUACCCCUCCUCACCUCCUCUCCCCUGGGGUGGGAUGGAGAGGAGAACUGGAGGCACAAAAGUGAAGAUCACUGGUAGAAAUAAAAGCAUUUUACUGGAAACAGCAAUGAGAUAAGGAACAGUAACAGUAAUAACAAAAAUGUACAGGAGAGGUCCUGGUCCUGCAGAAGUGAACGCUGUCCUGGCCAGAACCAGGACAUCACUGUUACUCCAUCCCCAAGAUCUUGGCUUUGUGGUCAGUGCUCUAUGGCAGAGGUCAUUGGCCUGGUGUGCCAAGAUCCCAGCAAGGCAGGGAUCCCCUGGAAAAACAGGAGAGAGAGAAGGAAGAGCUGGGACUAUUGAGCUUCCCAUGCCUCUGACAAGCAGGGGAGUGCCAAGACAGCAGAGCAGGAACAGGGAUAGCUCUGUGCCCCAUGGGAGGUGGGCAAAGGAACCACAGCCCAGACAGAGCUGUGCUGCCAGGCUUUCCUAGCAGCUUUUUCACCACUGCCUGCCUUUCAUGUGCAGGCUUUAGUGCUGGGAAAUAGUUCAGGGCAUUUGUGGGUGGGCUUUGCCAAGGACAGGCCUGUCCCUGGGAGUGGGUGAGGGUGCUAGGGACCUUAGUGUAAAGUGGUUUCCAGUGACUCUGUGUUCCCAUUUUUUCCUGAGUCCUGUAAGGGGGAAAAACACAACAUUCAAAAUCUGAAGUCUAUGAGGGAUGACCUUGGUGAAUCAGGCUAAGUCCCUUUGGGAAGAGGAUGGAACUGUGUGUUCCUUCUGGUAUUUGGGCACAGAUCCCAAAUACAAAAACCCAUCCAGCUCCAUCUUUUCAGCUGGUCACCCCUUCUGAUGAGCUGCCUGAGUCCCUUUAGGCAGGGGUGACAGCUGGUCUGCCUGCAGCAUCUGUGCUUCCUGGAGCCAGCCCUUGUCCCAAACCAGGCAGGUAUGGCGCUCUCAGCUGUGACCCCAUGUGCCUGGCAGUGUCCCCCCCUGGGUGCUGCUUCCUGCCUGUGCUUACCUCCCAGCCUUAGCACAGGGCACUGUUUUUUCAUCUUGAGCAAAUGCCAUGGAGCAUGUGGGCACUCAGUGCCUGCUGCGGGGUGAGCCUGCUGCAGCUUCACCCUGAAGAGUUUGGAUGAGGUGGAGGGAAUUCUCCUCAUGCAGCACCCCUGGAAACUCCUCAGAGGAAACUCCUCAGAGGGCUGAGGCUGUGCUGGGAGGAGUGUUCAGAGCUUUGUCUCUCAUUCCCUGUCAAUGGGGAGUUCCAAGGUCUCUCCCUAGCCUUGAUGGUGCCUCUGGCUGCAGUAAUAUGGGAGUGUUAGUGCUGUUUCCCUUAAAUUUAAGGCAAAAAACCCCCAAAAACUCCUAUGGGAAAAGCCCUGGCUCAGCUGUGCCCUCAGAAUGGAGGCCUGUGCAGAGCAGUGGCUGGAACAUGACUACAGGGAUUUGAGGCUUGCUUUGAGUCUGGAAGUCUGAGGCUGGAAUCAAGGGGGUUUGGGGGAUUAACUUUAUUUAUCCAAUAGAUUAGAAUGCUUGGGAAAAGGAGGGAGAUGUGUGUGAAGAAAAAAGGCCCCAAACAGGAGCUGCAGAUGUAAAGGCUUCAACAAGGGUGUGAGAGCACCCAAGGGCCCAGCAGGGAGGGAAUCUUCAACAACAGAGUCUCCCUGAGGAGGCAGUUCCUUAAAGGCAGGAUGUGAAGCAGCAUUCCUUGCAGCUAGGGUGGCAGUGCAGGCAGCAGGAGCCUGGCGCUACCCUAAGGUGAGCGGUCCGAGGAAAAGUAGCAUUUGCUGAUGUGGAUAAAUGAAUAAAAGCUGAGAAGCCUG